AUGAUACAGUAUCUUUUAAAUUCUAAAAUAUAAUAUUGGUAUCAAAAAUCAAUAAAAUUUAAAUAUUAAUAUACUUACAUUUAUUAUGAACCUUUUGGAUGUUUUUCAUCUAAAACAUCGAAAAUUCUAUAAUCAGACUUAACUAUAGAAAAUUAUAAUGAAAUAAUUUACUUNUUAAUUGAAAAAUAGAAAUUACUUGAAAAAUAAUAAUCAUAAGAGAAAAAACGAAUUCAAAAUGAUAGGGCUUUAGAUAAUAAUUUAUUGUAAAAUUAAUACAAAGUAGAACCAAAACCACAAGAAAAAUCACCUUAAUUUGGAGGAAAACAAUAAAAAGAUUCAAGAGUAUAAAUUAAACCAAAAUCUGAUCUAUUGGAAUGUGUGUAACAGAAAAAUAAAGAUUUAGAUCUUAUGCUUUAAGAAUUAUAAGGAAUAGUAAUUAUAAAAAUCUAUUUUAUUUAGAUUGGAGGGGAUAAUAAUUAAAUAGAUAAGAUAUCCAAUUAAAAUGGAAAAGAAAAUGUUCAAGAUUACAAUUCUCUACCAGUGACAUAAAUAGAAGAUAGAGAAGAUGAUGAAGAUGAAUCUUGUGAUAAAAAUGUCUAGAAACAAAAAUAAGCUAUCAAACCUAUCUCUGAGAUAGAAGAGGAAUGUUUAGAAUUGUUAAAUAAACAGGAUUUAAACAAAUGCAGCACAAUUCUUAUUAAAAUUGAAAAAUCCAUAGGUAAAGAGAAGAUGAAAAAGACAAUUGACAUUUUGCGUAAGGCUGUAAGACUUUGUAAAUAAUCAAUAUUAGUUAGAGAAGAUGAGCCUUGAAGUUAUUGAAUAAAACUAUGGUCCAAAUUAUGAAAAAUUAUUACCAUUUUUAACAUUAGAAGAAAGAAAGAAAUGUGCACCACUUCUUAUAACUCACAUAAUUGCUGAUUGA